AUGCCUUUUAAAUUAUUAUUUUGUAAUAACCUUUUGAUAUCGGCCUCACGUUCUCUAGCCAAACGCCCCGUAUUAUCAGCUACAAGAAAUGCAUCAACAAUAUCGAAGAAUCAAGCAUUUCAAAGUUGGUCGUGGACAGCAUCAACUACAGCUGCUUUCCAAUCAACAGAGAUGCCUGAAAGUUCACAUAUAAAUGGGUUCGCUCAAUUUUCAACUACUACUGUCGGUAGAAAUAAUAAAGAGGAGACUGCUACUAAUAGUAAUGAUAAUGGUAAUCGUAGUGAAGAAAAGACUUCCGAAAAAUCGACGGAUAAUGAAUCAGAUAUGGACCUUAGAGAAAAAGAAAUUGCCAUACUUAAGGAUAAACACCUUCGCUGUUUAGCCGAACUAGAAAAUCAACGUGAAAUUGCGCGUCGUGAAGUAGAAAGUACUUCACAAUAUGCUAUUCAAAAAUUUGUAAAAGAUAUCCUUUCUACCGUCGAUAAUCUUAGUUUUGCACUUAAUUCAAUUCCACCAGAAAUACGAAGUACAUUCGAAAAUGAUGAUUCUUCAUCAGGUCGUGAUCUAAUUAAUUUAUACAAAGGAAUUGAACUAACAAAUUCUGAAUUAUUAAAUACGUUAAGGCGUCAUGGUAUAGAAAAGGUUGAACCGCAGUUAGGUGAAAAAUUUGAUCCAAAAUUGCAUGAAGCUCUUUACCAAGCAGCUUUUCCAGGUAAAGAAGCUGGAACUAUUUGUGAAAUACAAAAAAUCGGAUACAGCUUAAAUGGUAGGAUUGUCAGACCUCCUCAGGUUGGUGUUGUGGCUGAAGCAGAAUGA